GCCUUUUUGCGCCUGAUGCAACCAGAGCAGGUAGAUGGAACUGCGCAACUAAAUCCAUCGAAGCUGCCGUGGCGGCACUUGGAGGGAGCGCUGACAAGGUUGCUGAACAAGGAUCAGGUGAGGCUAGUUCGGACCUUGAGCCCCCUUCGGAGGUCUUCUCGGAAGCGCCCGAAAUGGAGGCGGCUGACGAUUUUGAAGAAGCUUCCUUUUAUGCUGGGGGUCUUGGCUCAGUUGUGCGUGUGGUCAUGGCAGCUGUGGACUCGGAGGCACUUUUCAAGGCGAAAUGCAAGCAACUCAAGCUGCCUGAUGAAGCGGUAACCAAAAUGGCUGCCAAGGGGUGGACAACGUACGGCACCUUUGCUUUUGCCGUCCCCGGUGAUCCGGGCAAAAUCUCCGACUCAGAUUUUCGAAGCAUUGUCUGCCAACCUGUACUUGGAAGCGAGCAAGAGCACGAGUCUGACCAACCACGUAAGUUGCCAGUGGUCGAGCUUGCUGCCCGAUAUGAAAUUCUUCAGCAGAGGGUCAAGCCUCUGAAACUGGUGGACAAGUUGGAGCCCUCGCAAGCCUUGGUCAAUCAGGCAGCGCACAUGCUGGAGGAGCAGAGGAUCAAAUACGUCGAGUGGUUUCGUUGUACUUCGCGUGCGCAGGAGGUGAAUGCUGUGAAGGAGGACUCGUCAUUGAAGCUCCUCCAAAGUUCCAAGGAAGGGGCAGUCCUCUUGCGAGAUCCCGAAUCCGGGCUGAGGGCAUCGCCCGGCUCUGACCUCGAGGUAAUGCAAGCGCUGCGUCGGCGUGGGGUAGCCUAUGAUCUGGCAGCCAUCAUGUCCUUUGAGGCCCAUGAGAAGCUCAUCGACACCUUGUUUGCGGAAUACCAGCGUGACGUGAUGCCGGGCCAUCAGCCGUUGUCCUUCUCCCAGAUGCAGAUGGUGGACAGAGAGAUUCAUGUCCGUGUGGCUGAGAUGACACGGUCAGGCUUGACUCCUACGGCCUCAGGAGGCAUGCCACUGGACGAUGUGAUAGUCCAGGUUCUUGCCUUGCCAGAUUCAAUGGUCAGGAGUGCGUCGGCCGGUGAAGAGGACACCAAGCCACCUGCAAAGAAGAAGCGGAAGGUUUUCUACCGCAUGCCAAAAGGCUUGUUCGGAGGCGUGGCGAAGGAUAACAAUGGGAAAGCCCUUUGUUUCGACCACAAUCUUGGUCAGUGCAGUGGUGGUGAUUCGUGUGCCAAGGGGCUCCACAGGAAGCGGAAGGUCGACUCGAUGCAGGAGUCGGAUGUGCACGCUGCCCUCAAGUCGGGCGUGGCGCUGGCACAUGAACGGGCUGAGGCCGAGGGGCCCAGGUCCGGUGCCGGUGACAUGCCGAGGACGACUUGUGAGAUGCAGGCUCCUGAACGGGCUAGGGCCAGUGGGUCCAUGUCCGGGGCCAGUGUCUAUGCAUCCUUGCCAAAGGAGCGUGAAUUCAAAGCCUGGCGAAGACCAGACAGUGCGUUUCAUUUUCCAUGCGAGGGGCUUGCCGAGGGGCAUUCCCCGACUGACUAUGAUCCAGGGAUGGCUGAAAAGCUGGCAGCUUCAAUGUCUGAAUCUGCCCCACCCAGGAGUCAGGUCCUUGAGCUUGUGCGCCUUCUUCCUUCAGAGCGGGCGCCCAGGGGUGGAGAGGCUGCCACUUCGCGAUCCUUCACUAGCGGUGCUUGGGCUAAGGACGGGGCAAUCGGCUUCAGGCAUAAUUCUUCUUUAUUUCCGCAAAGCACUAAGAUUUUGACCGCCUUGAUCAGGGAAGCUUUUCCCUCUGCCACGUUUUGCUCAGUGGCUGUGUUUACUGAUUUGAAGGCGGAACCACACAUUGAUUCUAACAAUGAUGAACGUUUCAUGAACCGCACCCUGCCGCUUUCCUCUUUCCAGGGAGGCUCAGUGUGGGUCGAAUCGAGCCAAGGGGGCGUCGAGCGUUCAUACCGGGGCCGAAAGCGCAUUGGUGUCUUGUUGGAUGUAGCAGCAGGUCCCGUGUCGUUGGACUCGUCAGCACUUCAUGCAACGGAGCCCUGGGUGGGCUCAAGGGUGGUGCUUGUUGCGUAUUGCCCGCGUAACAUGCGCAAACUCGGCAGUGAGUCCCUAAUUCCUUAG